AUGAAUACCUUAUUUUCUUCAGAAUCUUGGUUCAGUGUGACUCCGGAAAUAAUUGCUAGACGGCAAGCUCUCGUCUGCUCGUGUGAUGUUAUUAUUGACGCAUUUUCUGGAUGUGGAGGGAAUUCAAUUCAGUUCGCUUUCGCUUGUAGAUUUGUUAUCUCAAUAGACAACAACCCUGAACGGCUAAGUCUCUUACAAAGCAACGCUGAGGUGUAUGGCGUUGGUCGGCUAAUGAAUCCUAUUAUUGGUGAUGUCUCUCGAGUGUUACGUUGCAUGUUUAAACCUCAGUCGUCAAACCAAACUUCUGAUAAUAUUUCAACCAUUCAGCUUCCAUCUGUGAAAGAUGUAACUCCAUCAAAUUCUGAUAUAGAACCUUCACAACUUUUUGCUGAUCAAAAUAUUUCGCAGGCUUCACCACAAUCUGCACAGUCUGAGAAUUCAAAUGGAGCUAUGUCCACGUCUUGUUCUGAGAAGGCCAAAUACCGACAAGCCUUGGAGCAUGGUAUACAUAUCUCCUUAGAACAAGAAUCUGCACCAACUAAGCAGCAUAACUUGCAUCGUUUUGACUCAUCCUCGUCCGAAAAUGUAGAAAUUUCCUCUAGUUGUAAUAUCGCCUCUCUAAAAUUCGGGCGGCCAAGACCCGCUAAGCAACCAGGACUCGUCAAGUCAGAGGAGCUGAACUUACCGGAUAGAACUUUUCCAACUUCAUGUUCAUCUAGUAUCGAUAACUUGCAUUGUUCUUACUCCGGACGCCGAAGCAAUAGCACAGGGCUCUUAUGGAAUGGUCAGUCUAUUGAUGUCAUCUUCAUGUCACCACCUUGGGGUGGGCCUGGCUACACUGGCCUCGUUCUGCCGCCAGGCUCGAGUAGCUGGAAUACGCGCAAGCGUCAUCGCUGGUUUACUUCUGAGGAAGCAUCUGCAGCCGUCGAUUUGGCUCUCUUUAAUCUGGACAAAAUCCAUGUACUUCCUGAAGCCCUUGAGGCCGGACGUCGACUUACCAACCGACUGGCCGUCUAUUUGCCACGAAAUACAUCUAUUGGCCAAAUUCUUCAGCUUGGUUGGACGCCAGAGGAGCAUGCAGCUGCAGAAAAUCAACACCAUACGCAGCAAGAUAAUUUAUCAAAUACUAUUAGCCCUCCAGAACAUUUGGAACUUCUCUCUGAGCCAGAGAAUAGAGAGGGUGAUGUCGCUGAUCUGUUAGCUAGACUCCAGGCUGAGCUGACGGUAAAACGAAAUCAGUUAGCCACAUCUCAAGCACCCUCCUCUGAAGCGGACAUUCAAGCUGACAUGGGCACAUCUAUUGGAGUGGAAUUAUCACAGGACCAAGAACCAAGCCAAAUUCAGAGAUUAGAGCGGAUGCAGACGGCAUCUCCAUCAACCUGUUCGCCAUUUUCGAUUGAGGUUUCCUCAUCGAAGCCUAUUUCACCAUCUCCCUCUGUUAUCCAAUUUACUAUAAGUGACAAGCAAGACGCCCAUUCUUCCUCGAAUUCCGCUCUGCUAGAUUUUCGUUUAUCAAACGCAAACGAUACUUCACUCAAUCCGAAUUCAGAGAGCCAAAUGGUUAACGAGCAUUUAGACCAGCACUUUUCUGAUCAUAGCCCUACGACACCUUUAAUUUGCCCUUCAUCUACCUUGGAUCCCUUGAGUAAAGCCGCAUCCUUGCCGACAUUUAACGUCUUGAGUCAAGAAGAGAAGCAGCUCAACGAUUCCUCAGAUUCAUCCUAUCCUUUAGGCUCUUGCAAUACAAGCUCGAAGGAUCAGCUUAGAACUACUGGAGGACUUGAAUCCACUUCACUUGGCUAUCACCACUUAGAUGUCGCGCUUGAAGAGUAUUUCAUUCGAGGGCGGCAGAUGGCCAUUACUGCUUACUUGGGAGAUUUUGAAUACUUACAUCGCAAUGCUAUCUAA